AUGGCUGGCUACAUCGCGCUGCUAUGUUGUUUCCUGGCGUAUGCCAUGGCGUUCUCACCCGACGAGUUGCCCCUGUGUGGCGGUCCCGUCUUGACCUACGGCGCGGCCAAAUCCACCUAUCCAGCGCUCGCCGACGCCCUGACCAUCGUCGAGCAGCAUCCAAUGGCCACGUGGUGGACCGACAACAACUCGACCUAUCGGGCCCAAGUGGAAACGCUCAUGGGGCAUUGCAAUGCGUCGACGGUGCCCACCAUCGUCGUGUACGCGCUGCCCCAAAAGGACUGCCACGCUGGCUACAGCAACCUCGGGUUUAUCAAAGACACGUCCCAGUACAUUGCGUUCGUCCAAGAACUCGCAGAUCUGGUGGGCACUCGGCCGGUGAUUUACGUGCUCGAGCCAGACGCUGUGGGGCUCGCGUCCGACGGGGGCUGUGGCCACGCAGCUGGCUACCUCGCCAAUAUGCAGCGAGCGACUUCGAUCCUCACAGCCAGGAAUCCCAACGCACGGCUGUACGUAGACGUGGGGUAUUGGAUGCUUCAAACCGACGCCAAGUCAAGACAAGUGGCAGCCGCUAUGCAAGUCGUGGGCGCUGCCAGUCGGCCCGGGGCCGUGCGUGGCAUUGUGCUCAAUACGUCCAACUACCGCCGCGUGGCGGAGAUGGCCACCCUGUGCUCGAACUUUGUGAAUUUGACCGGCAACCCCCAGUGGAGAUGUGUGGUCGACACAUCGCGUAACUACCGCACGCCGAGCACGUCGAACGAGUGGUGCAACAACAAAUUUGGGGCCAUUGGGGUCCCCCCCACACGAAACACGGGGUAUCCUGGCGUGUUGGACUUGUUCUUGUGGAUAAAAGUACCCGGCGAGUCGGACGGGACUUGUGCCAACAGCUCCGCCCCCGGUGGGGCGGCCCAUUCGUCGGACGCGAUGCCGGGUCCCCCCGCCGCCAUCUUCUUCCCCCAAGCGUUUCGCAAGCAGUGGGAUCAAGGGUACUUUGUCGACAAGAAACUCGGCGCGUUGUUGGUCGACAAAGUCGAAACCAAACCGCUGGUGGGGGUGCUCCCACAAGAAGUGGAAAGCAAACCUCCUGUCGUGUCGAGCGCAAUAACGACCAGUGCGCCGACACUGUCGACGGUCCUACCAAUGGUCACGACCACCAUCCCAGAGAUGACGUCACCCCCACCGAGUGUGAACCAAGUGGUGCCAUCAGCAGUCUUGUCGGAAGGUGUAGAGCACGAGAAAGACGCGACGAAUUUAACGUGGAGCGUGGUUGGUGCAGUCGUGUUAGGGUGUGUCAUACUAGUACUCGCCCUCUACGCGGUGUUUCGAAAGCGAAGGAGGGAGGUCAAGGCGGUGGACGUUGUAUUGCUCUCGGUCAAGGUCUCAUAG